GAAUAUGAAGGGGGACAAUGAGAUGGCACCACUCUUUAAUAAGGAAGGGUUUGAACCGAAGGUACAAAGAACAGUAGGAGUGCUAGCUGCCAGUGCUGUGUUAUUUGGAAACUGUGUCGGUGCAGGAAUCUUCAUUUCUCCCAAAGGGGUCUACGAGAAGGCAGGGAGCCCUGGAGCGGGACUGUUGAUAUGGGGACUAGCUGGUAUUAUUGCUACACUCUGUACUCUAGCCUACGCUGAGCUAGGUACGAUGAUACCCCAGAGUGGGGGAGAGUUUGUGUACAUAAAGAAAGCGUACGGGAAACUUGCAGCCUUCCUCUUCUCUUUUUGUGCAGUCUUCCUUAUCAAGCCUGCCUCAAUGUCAGUGGUUGCCCUGGUGUUCGGGGAGUACUUCUCUCACCUUACUUUGGGGCAUGCUAGCAACUUAUGGUUUUCUAAAGGAGUUGGUGCUCUUCUUAUAGUGGUUCUAGGUAUUUUCAACGUAGUGGGAGUACAGGCUAUAACCAAGCUACUUAGUCUAGCUUCAGUGUUAAAGUUAGCGGUGGUGGGGUUCCUUAUCUCGUGUGGUAUCACUGUCCUUAUCAAGGGUCAAGGAGAAAUAGGAAACUUCCAACCUCCCCUUUCCUUUGAAGGGUCCUCUACUAACCCCGCAGACUACGGGCUAGCAUUUUACUACUGUCUGUGGACAUUCCAAGCCUGGAAUUCUCUAAACUACAUGACAGAGGAGCUGAAGACACCAGAGAAGACACUGCCAAUAGGAGGGUUGGUGGGGAUGGUAGCAGUGGCUGUCAGCUACUUUCUCUGUAACCUAGCUUACCUCAUGAUGUUCUCACUGCACCACAUUGUGGAUACUAAAACUAUUGCUAUGGAUAGUGGGUUCAUAGCGUUUGGUAGAGCGGGUGAAAUAAUAAUGACUCUAGGACUGCUGGUGUCGUGUCUAGGUUGUGUCGGAGGUUCUAUCUGCUGCAUUUCACGGAAUCUUCAGUGUACCGCGGACUCUGGAGUGUUUCCUACUUGUAUGGGAGGGAUUAGCAAACGGUUCCAAACUCCCGUUAGAGCUAUAAUAAUCGAGUGUACGACGAUGUGCCUGUACAUGUUAUUUGACGCGAAUGCCCUCAUCCCCUUCCUCAGUACAGUAGAGUGGCUGUUUUACUGCGUUACUUUCUCAGUUAUUCUCUACUUGAGAUACAAGCACCCUGAUACGCACAGACCCUUCAAGGUCCCAAUAUUUAUAUCAGUUAUACUAUUCCUGAUAACUGGAACUUUUGUAAUCCUACCCCUCUUUUCUCAAAGCAGCCGCAUGCCAACUAUACUGGGGUUGAUGUGGUUACCGCUCGGGGCCCUGAUGUACGCUGUCAGAUACUAUACCUCAACGCACUGUAAAGCUUUGACAUUGUGA